CGGUUGGGUUUGGUUGCACUUCGUAGCAGUCAACCGGGCAUGUUUGAAAUAUGAACGACUAGCUCUCAGUUGUAUUUAGAAGAGCGUUCACAUGCUUUUGCUUAAUUUGCUCUUGAGAUUCAGACCUCUGAAGACACUUGCUACGCAGUAAACUAAUGAUGAACAAAGUAGCAAUUUGAUAGCUAGUUAUUUAAUUUUUUUUCCACAAGUUCCAUUAACAAGCUAACAGUUGCUGCUUUGCUGAUUCUGCGUUUGGUUACAUAUUGUUUGUAGGAAUGGACGUGUUGUGUAUCUUAUGUUUUUUAUCUUUGUGUUCUUGUUUGGCGUAUGGGAAACCUACGCUAAGGAAAGAGAGAAUUCGUCAUGAUUCCGAAUUGAGCAGACAACCUCACGAAGAUAACAAAAGUCAUCAGUACGACCACGAGGCCUUUUUGGGAAAAGAAGACGCCAAAACCUUUGACCAGCUGAGUCCAGAGGAAAGCAGAGAGAGACUAGGGAAAAUAGUUGAUCGCAUUGAUGGUGACAGUGAUGGAUACAUUACUACUAACGAGCUCAAGAGUUGGAUCAAGAGAGUCCAGAAGCGCUAUGUCUAUGAGAAUAUGGCAAAGGUCUGGUCUGACUACGAUCUCAACAAAGACAACAAAAUAUCAUGGGAAGAGUACAAGAAAGUGACCUAUGGAUACUAUCUUGCUAAUCCAGAGGAGUUUGAGGAUGCUACAGACCAAUUCAGCUUUAAGAAAAUGCUUCCACGGGAUGAGCGUAGAUUCAAGGCAGCCGAUCUGGAUGGAGACUUGGCAGCUGAGAGGGAGGAGUUUACUGCUUUCCUCCACCCAGAGGAGUUUGAUCACAUGAAAGAAAUUGUCAUCCUGGAAACGCUGGAGGACAUUGAUAAGAAUGGUGAUGGGUUCGUGGACGAGGAUGAAUAUAUUGAGGACAUGUUUGCACAUGAAGAUGGUGGUCCAGAACCAGACUGGGUCAAGACUGAGAGAGACCAGUUUUCAGACUUCCGAGAUCUGAAUAAAGAUGGCAAGAUGGAUUUGGAAGAGAUCCAUCACUGGAUCCUCCCACAGGACUAUGACCAUGCCCAGGCUGAGGCCAGACACUUGGUAUAUGAAUCAGACAUAGACAAGUAUUCUUUAGGAUCAAAUGCUGACCAAAGAAGAGAUUUUGGAGAACUGGAACAUGUUUGUGGGCAGUCAGGCUACUAACUACGGUGAGGACCUGACCAGAAACCAUGAUGAGCUUUGAGUCUGGCCAGUUCCCAACAGCAUGAUCGCCUCAAACACCUCACUUUUGCAAUGAGGAUAUAAAAUUGGUCUAACUUUAGACCAUUGGCUUGUCACUCAAGAAGAUAAGAGCCAAGCCAUUGAGCACCUGACCAAAGAGCUACCUCAGUGCACAGGGUGGGAAAAAUGUAUAGCGCGCUAGCCUGCUCCAAGCAGGGGACAGUACAUCCACUUUGGUCUUGUGUGUGAGACCACAGUGAAUUUGUUUGCAACUAGAGCAUUUCUCUCAUGGCCUGAAUUGUUCGUGUCCAUUUAAACUUGAGCAGGCUGUUGUACCUAUAAUUUUUGGGGUGCCAAUAUGUAAGAAGUGCCUAGAGAUGAUGGUAUUUAUUUGGUUAUUCACUUGACUAAUCUGUUUUGUUGGCUACAAAAUUGCUAGUGUAACUAAGUAUUGUUGGUUAAAACACUAAGCUUAAAACAUUUAAGCUUUAGGCACCCCCCCCCCCCCCCCCCUCCCCAUUUAAAUGUCUGUGGUAUUGUUUGGAACCCUAAGCUGAGGUUCACACAAUGGAUAAAGGUUGUGUAAAGACUAGGAAGAAGCUAGUGAUGGUGAUUAAGUUAAUAUGUGUCUCAGUAGGCAUUUGUAGGCAGUGUAACAUGGCAGACUUGGGUUUUAUUCACAUUCAUUAUUGAUGCAAUAUUUUUCUCAAGUUUAACAGUUCAUUGUUAAUUCUUAUGAUGUGCACAGCCAUCAUUUUAUUUAGGGUUGGUCUAACAUUUUUAGUGUGAAUGGUGUUUUCAUUUACUUUGUUUCUCCUAUGGAAGUGAAUUUUGUGGAUUUUCUAUAUAAACCUGUUUUUAAAUAGAUAUAUAUGAACUUGCUUUUUGUAAUUUUGUAGAAAUUAUCUGCAUACUACAUAUUUCUAAAGUGCACAUCUGGAUUUGAAUACAAGUUACUUGGAUUAAUCUGUUUUUUGGGAGCAAUUUUGUUAAUGUGCAAAAAUUAUGAUGGUUGGUCUAUGGACAGGACUUUACCCCAAAGCAUCUGGAAUAAACUAGUCAACUGUUUAUAUAAGGCUAAUUCCAAUGUGCACUUGACUUGACCUUUUUGUCUGUCUUCAAUCUGGAUACACUGGAAUAUUUUGCUGCCUAUUUACAUCAUGUACAUUUUAAGGUUUCCUGUUGCAGCAUGUGAUUCACAUGAUGUACCCAGUCACAAGGCCUGACUGAACUCUCACUCACAUUAAAACCCUGUGCUAGUCUGAGACCUUUUAAGAUCUGAAGGUGGCUUGGGAGAAGUGUUUUAAUCAACAGCCUACACUGUUUCUGUAAAUAUACAAACAUGUCUUGGUCAGUUAAUUACACAUGAUGUAAGUGGAAAACAGGAAUUUGCCAAAGCAUUCCUUUUAACUUUAGUCACAAAUGCUGUGGAAGUAAGACAGUGUCACAUCUCAGGAUGCC